AAGGCAUGGAGGCAGCGCUCCCAGCGCCCGCAUCUCACAGGUCCCUCUCUCUCUCUUUUCAGCAAAGUGGAGAUGGCACUGCGGGGCAAGAGGAAAAGCCUUUUGGAGGCCUGUUUCAGGAGUGUCUUCUUGCUUCCUCCUAAAACAGACAUGCAGGGCCUAGACAAUUUCCUCUACUUUAAGACCCUGGAUGCCAUGGACAUCCUGCUGAAGAGCUUGGUGCUCAGCUCCCCUGGCUACGGGGACCUGAGGAUUAUCUUGCAGAUGCUGCUGCCUUUCACCGACACUAAGAAUGCAGCUGCGUGUGAAAGGGCCAUGGUGAGGAUUGGGAAGCUGGCCAAUUGGAUGGACAGCUCUUCCUCAGUGCAGGUCUGGAACUUGCUUGCAGCCGACAACAGCUCUUCCCACGACGACACUAUCCAUGACCGCCUCCUGGGACAGCUGCUGGGACAUCUCAUUGUUUGCUGGACUAGCAAGAUCUGGGAGAUCCAGCGUGCGGCUUUGGAUACUCUUCAUUACCUCUGCAGAUUCAUCCAGCAGCAUAAAUGCAUGACAUCACCAGAGGAUAAUCUAAAGCAUCCCCAGUGUGGAGGCAAAAGGAAAUCUGGGAAACCCUCCUGGCUUCCCCUGUGCAGCACCAGGAGCAUUGUAAAGGCAUUUGGGGAAGACCUCCACCCCCCUGAUAAGACGGUCAUCCUUGUCAAGGCCAUCGAGGCCAUGAGAGACUCAUGCACAUGCGACAAGGAGGAACUGAUCAGCAUUGUCGAUGUGGCCAUGACAGAACCUGCCUCCUGGCUGACGGAGGUGCCAAUCAUCGUUAGCUGCAUUUAUAACAACCUGGAGCACAUCAACACACCGUCAGCCUGGCACACCCUGGACAUGCUGCUUCUAAUGAUGGUAGAGCUGCAGCCAGCGGAUGUGAUCCUGAGACUUGUGCGCCUCUCUCCAACAUGUGACAGGUACUGA